CUAACCAGUGAUGUUACCGCUUGGCUACACAACUUGUUUUAUAUAUCCAAACAAAGCGACAUUAUCGUAUGUUGUUCCCCUAAACGGUGUUAUGAAGAGUACAGAAUCCACGCAGUUUGUGUGUUUCACACAUGUACACUGCUUUAACUGAUGAAUGUUCAUCUCCCGGCCUCGACGCCUUUUAUUUUCUAGUUCGGCGUCUGUUCUUCCAAGUGCACAAGUGCAACAAUUUGGUUGGUUACUUUGGUAUCAUAGCAACAGGACCAUAACAAACAGCAACAACAACAAAAAACGUGCGGCAUGACAUCCACUAAAGAGGAAGAUGCUGCAGAAUAUCUGCAAAAACAUAAAAUUUCAGAUCUUAUGGAUAAUUUAACGAGCAUGCUAUUCUUUCACAGGCCAGAAAGACCCAGGGAAUUCUUGAUUGAACAACUGGAGCAGGUUAAAGUGGCCAGGGCGACCAACCUGGACAGCCCCUGUCUCUUUUCAGAGGCCAACCUAGAGGCCAUUUUUGGAAUCUUGGACCCUGCUGAUCGAGGCUACAUCAGUUAUGCUCAGUUCAAAGAAGCUCUUACCACUUUAGGCAUAAAGAAUAUCAGUGCAACACCAGAUGGCCAUGCAACUGACCAGAUAACAAAACACACAUUUAAAAAGGAAGCGAAAGCCGGACUAAAUGAAAGUUCAGCAACAUUCCAUAAAGACCCGUGACCCACAAGGUUCAGUUACCGAAGAGGUUCCAUCUGUAUUCAUGUGGGUCAAUUUAGUUUGUCUGUAGCUAUAAACUACCUUCACACCAUGCAAUAAAACUUAAUUUAUUUCUUUAAUAAAAGAAGAAAAAUA